AUGGGUCUCUGCGACCAUUUGAGUCCCGAGGUCUCAUAUGUCGAGUGGAUGGCGCGAAGAAUCGUGAACAUUGUCGCCACCGAUGACUGUCCCGUGCAACAGUGUGUUGCCAUUGUAAUCAAGGACUUGAAUGGUCCGCUCAUUUCACUUGGACCAACCUCACAACCUCACUAUAGCUGCCGUAUCACUCCAGGAUCUUUGAAUAACGAAUGGCAUCCGUGGGUGAGCCCCGUAGUGUUCGCCAUCGAGUACGUUCGCGACGACAGUGAGGACACAUUCGAGCUUGCGUCGAAGCGGCUUGCGAAUGCGUUCAAGGAAACAAUGAUGCUCUUUGUGCCAUGGUACCUAGAUACCCGCAAAUCUUUGAAACAGUUGCUGCCCGACUGGUGCGUCGCUUAUGGUGUGGUAUGCGGACUGGACAAGUACACCAUCCGAUGA